AUGAAAAGGGAAAAAAGGGAAGAGGGCUCAAACUCCAUAGACAAGAUAUCAGAGUUACCACAAGAUAUCUUGCAGCGAAUACUUUAUUGGCUGUCCCAAGAAGAUGCUGUCCGAACCUCUGUGUUGUCCAAAUCAUGGCGUAAUAUUUGGUGCACUCGCCCUAAUCUCAACUUUUCCGACGCCACUUUUAAAGGAAACAUGCAUCAAUUUCUCUCCGUUGUGAACACCGCUUUACAACUGUAUUGUGAUCAAAGACUGUGUGUGGAUGAAUUUCAUGUUUGUAUGUCGGUAUUCAGUUUCGACUGUGCAUCUGUUUCUCUUGUUGAAGAAUGGGUUCGAAUACUCACUAGCAUGUGCGUGAAGAAGUUUUGUCUUUGUAAUCUUCCGAAACGUAGUAUAGUAGAAGAACUGCCGUCUGUAGUCUUUGGAGCCGAAUCACUUCAAGAUUUGCAUUUGGCAGGAUUCGUGUUGCACCGAGAGGCUAUUGAAAGGAUGGUACUUUUCAAGAAUCUAACAUCACUUAGUCUCCAACGAGUCUCGAUUGAGGAGGGGAUUUUCGAGAAGAUAAUCUCAUGUUGUCCUUUGAUUGAAACUUUGGAUAUCAAAGUAUCUUCAGUGUUAAGAAAAAUUAUCGUCAAGAAUCUUUACAAUCUCAAGUACUUUUCUUUUUCAGACGAUGUAUAUCGUCCGGCCUCUUUUGAGAAGGAACUUUGUACGAUCGAAAUCCACACCCCAUCUCCUGAAACCAUCUGUAUCAGUGAAGGCAAUGUUUGGUUCCACAAAGGACCGGAUUUUUUUCGCAAUCUCAAGUAUUUAAGUUUGUGCGGUGUUAAAUCUUCAUUGGAACACUUGUCGUCGUGUAAAUUCCCAAGCCUCAAGUUCUUGUAUCUUGCGAAUUGUGACGGACUGAAAGGAAUCAAGCUAUUUAUUGAUGCCCCAAAUAUAAUCUAUUUUGGAUAUGAUGGAGACUUUAUCCCAUCCAUCUCUUUUGCAACUGUUACUUCCACCGAAUGGAUUUCGGAUAUUCAUCUAACAUGUGAGCUUUCGGACGAUGCUUCUUCGUGGUUCAUCAAGCUUCAUGAACUGCUCAAGUCAAUAAGCCAAUCAAAGAUUUCUCUGCAUUUUGAUCGUUAUUCUUUGAAUGCUGAUAGGGACGGAAUUCGAGAAAACAUUAAUAUGGUACAAGACAUUAAUGGUGGUAAUAAACAUGCGUCAGUUGUGGUGGAGAAAUUCAAGUUCAAUUGGCUCCCUUUAUCUUUGAUUUCAUCUAUUUUAAAUGGUGUGUUUAGUAUUUGUCGUCCAAGAAACAUCGAAGACUUCCUCUGCGGCGGCAAAGGGGAGAUGAAAAGGAUCGAGCGUCUGUGGAAGAUUCUAACCGAGAGAAAAAUUACAAAGGAAGAUCGGUUUUGGUUUCGAGAUUUGGAAGAAGUGAGAAUGGAGAUUUCUGACUAUAAUCAAAAAGAAUGGCGUCCAACAACUCUGUCUGAAUUGCCAGAGUACAAUGACAACAAUCGAGCAAUGAGUUUGCUGAAAUUGCGAGACUAUCGCGAAUAUAAUCCAAAUGAUCCAUGGCAUUGGGAUCCCAUGAGUUUAUCCAGAAGGCUAAACGAAAAUCAAAGAGAAUCUAAUAGUAUUCGGUUUGCAUUGAAAUGGAGAUAA